GAAAUGUAUCCAUGUUAUGAAAUUGUUUAUGACAAGAUCUAGCAAAUGUAUUAAUUUUUAAGAUUUUAGUACAUUCAUAAUAGGUAUAAAGAUUUUUGUGAUAGAAGAGCUGUGACUCUCUGCAGUGAUUAAGGGGGUUGUGGAAUUUUGCAUGAUGUGUUUUAUUGUAUUUCAAAGCAUGUCUUCCUGUACCUAAAAACAAGUAACAUGUUUUAAUAUUUUGACACUUUCAAAAAUAGGCAAUGUGUCUGGCUUUUUUUUAUGUUCAGUUUUUCCUAUUUUCCACAGUAACCACUAGAGGGACUCAUUUCUCUAUAUACAUUUUAAUAAAGGCCAACGUCUGACACCAAAAACUAGGUGUCAGAUAAAUGGAGAGGCUCAUUCUUUAUCAUCCUCUCUCUUUAUCCUGAAGCUGAGAUUUGUGUCACUGUUGCUUACACACACUUUUACUAAUGUAUGGACUGCAGGGGAACAGGUGGACAAACAUUUUCAUUACUUUAUAAAUAGCAAUGUUGCUAGAAUGAACUAUUAACCCUGUAUAGGGUGAACACAGAACUGCUCUAUAGGUGGGUGUCCUACAGAGAUGGAAAUGAAUGGGGGGUUGAGUCAAAAAUGCCCCCAAAUUCAACAUAGCAAUGCAAAACAAUGAAGCCAAAACGAUUAUGACCGUCGCGAUUAGUAAAAUAUGAAAAUAAAUAAAACUUGUCGAUUGCGGCUUUACAUUUGGAUAUGCACUAGAUUUCCUUUUACCGUUGUUUAUGCAGCGUUGAGCGCUAUAACCAAUCAAACACGUAUUUGUUGAGCACAUGAAUGCAACUGCCAAUCAGAGACGUUUAGAUUAGUCAUCGGUGAAGAAGAAAUGCUGGGAUUUUGUUUAGUGUGCGCUCCGACGAUAUUUUUCAGUUUUUCAAUAAAGUCAUAAAAAAGAAAGUGCAUAUACGAUGUAAAUAAGAGCUUUAUUGAUUAUAACGGAGUUAUAGUGAACUCACUGACCGUUGCAGUGAUGGGAACGUUAUUUGCUUGCUGUCUGUAAUUUAUUCCCAGUUUGAGUAACAGUUUUGUUUUUCAAUCUACUAAAAUAACCAAUGUGAAGUCCUACAGUUACUAAUGUGUAAAAAAAGCAAUGAACUAAUUUGAUUUUCAUCCUGUUUUGUUGCCUAACUUAAAUUAUUCCAUUUCUCCACAAUCAGUUAAACGAUUGCAGUGUAUUCUGUUAAUCGACAUUAUAAUAAUUACCGUAUUACAACAUUAAGGGCAAUAAUCUCGACCAUGAGGAUUUUGUCAUAAUAUUGCAACCCUACCCGAAGCAUUACAUUUAUGCCUCCUUUAAGCAAUAGUCUGUUUAAUGUCUGAUGUCAUGACAGGCUUUAGUAGGCCUACCACUUUGUCAAUGGCUUUUGUUGAUGCUGAUCAAAUUUGAUUGGCAACAGAAUACAGUACUCUGAUUGAUUGAUUGAUUGAUUGAUUGAAUAAAUGUAAAUAUUUGACACAAAAAACAUAAAUACAUUUAUAAAAAUUGCCCUUUGUAUACAAAUGUAAAAAAAAAAAAAAAUGUCUCAAGAAAUCAUUUCCAGGGUGCAAAUAUUGCCCUUUAAAGUUCAUUUCUGACUUUAGUGUCCUAUUAUGCAAUUCCACUGUGAAAUUAUAAACUACAGAGAAGGCUAGUUCAUCUGUGAUCUAAAUGUGGCGAUGGCUCUUAGUUUACAGAGUUAGGGAAUUCAGUGUAAGUGUGUAUUUUUGUAAUUUAGUUGUAAAUUAACUGGAUGAGCUUGACGGCAGGGCACGUUCUAAACACUCAAACGUGCCCUUUAACCUGUUGCAGUGACACUGGUGAAACACCAAGAGUGUUCUGUGUAUUUUCAGGUUGGAGUGAGGAGGAUGAUUAAAAAUGAUAUAUUUAGGUCAUAAUUUGUCUGGUGUAACAUAUGGUGUUCAUUGUGGGUGUGUAUUGAGUGUGUGUGACAACUUUCUCUUCAUGUUUUAAAUAGAGCCGUCUUUUUGUUUGGCUUCAAACGACCAAUUACUCAAUGCAGUACUCUUGGCUUUCUGACAGCAUGAAUGCCGCAGUGUUUGUUUGAAACAUACCUAAAAACCUUUCACACACUUUUUACCUCAGAAGAGUCAUCUGAGCAUGUGAUACGCAACACGUGACGUGUGAGCUUUGGCACUUAUACAAAUUAUUCCACCUUUUUUUUAGUACAGUUUUGUUUAGAUAUAUAUGUCUUGCUUUAUUUUACUACUGCAUGUGGCUGUUGUUCUACUGCUGUCUGUCGUUCAAUAUCUAAACAUAUGUUGUGUCCUACAUGAAAACAGAAAGGAAUUUUUUAAAAGGAACAUAUAAAUGUCAUUUAUUAGAUAACAAUGCAAGUUUAGGCAAAACCGCACACCAUGGUGGUCCCAUAAUUACAGAUUAUUCUUUGUUGUUAUGAAUGUGACACACAGAGUAUAUGGUCUUAAGAUAAUUAUGAAUAUACACAAUUCAGAUCUGCUGAAAUGUAGUAUGAUGAAAUAUAGGAGCGUAAUACAGUAAUACACUGAAUUUAAAUGCUUAUCCUUCUUGACCUGUAUAUCUUGUUGUUACAUCGUGAUUAUGUAUUUCUAUCCAGUAUUUUUUGAAAAUGUUAUAGUAAAUAAUAUUGAUGCCAAAUGAAUGCAUUCUGCGUGUGUGUGUGUGUGUGUGUGUGUGUGUACAGCUCCAAAGUCCCAAGUCCAAGACAAAUUUUACUUUGGGGUGACAGUAUUAUUCUAAAAGUCAUAUUGACAUGAUGUCAUUGCGCAGGGGACGGUUACUUGUACGUGAAGUUUCAGUGUGGGUGUAGAUGAGCAAUCGUCUCCAGUGGGGCGUGGCCUGUACCUGUAUAAAUGAAAGCAUGUCUGGAAUGUCAUUCAAUGCACUGACCAACACAAAGACAGCUCAAACAAAACGAACUUGCCAUGCAGAACUCAGUAGCACAGUGCUUUCUCCUUUCUCUUGGGGCUGUUAUUUUUAGCUCUUGUCUGAGAGAGUCUACAGCUCAACAGGAGCAUGAGGAAACGUACAAGGGCCUGCAGCUUGAGGCUCUGAAGAGCAUUAUUCUGGAGUACCUCGGGAUGGAUGCGCCACCCGGGCCUGGUAGAAGAGCUUCUCAUCAGGACCUGGUCAGGAUGUACCGUCAGUAUAGGAGAAUGGGAUAUUUGCUUAAGGGCAACUCCAGUGAGGAACAGGAGCUUCAGCCUGCAAGAAGAGCCUCUACGGUGCUGUUUCCCACAACAGUACAGCUUCUGAAUUCUUCCGUGGAUUCCCGGCAGCAGUGGUUCAGAGCUGCUUUCUACAAAAACACGCGCAUUAAAACUGGAGUCAACCUUAAACAUGCAAGGCUACAAAUUAAGAGACCACACAUGGACAAAAUUACACCAGGCCAGCCGUGGCUCUCAAAAGACGUUGUGGUUAGAAUACAUAAACCUCCUGGUUUUCAUACACAGACUGUAUUUCAAACAGGGGACUUGAGCUCUCGGGAUGUUACAUUGGAUUUGACAGUUGUGGUCAAGAGGUGGCUUAAGGACACCAGUGCUGAGCUUUUAGUUGUUGAAAUUUGCCUCCUUAAAAAACAAGAAGUGAGUACACAAUCCACGCCUCAGCUUGUUUUACAACUUGACCAAGCAGUGAGGAGAAGAAACAAGAGAGCUCUGGCUACUAGAGAGGAAAGCGUUGAGGAUGAAGGUCACUGCAGGCGAAAGUCAUUGAAUGUUUCCUUCAAAGACAUCGGCUGGUCAGACUGGGUUAUCGCUCCCUCGGGCUACACUAUGCACUACUGUGAUGGUUCCUGCCCGCAUAAUUAUAAACCUGCCAGUAUGCAUACGCAGGUUAAGUCUCGUCUGCAUCUCUUGUCCAAGGGAACAACACCCGGCCCUUGCUGUGUACCAGCUGCAUAUGAGUCAAUGGUUCUCAUGCACUAUGACAGCCGUGGAAAGUUGAAGCUCACACCUUUCAACGAUUUGAUAGUUACUAAAUGCCACUGUGCAUGAACAACACUGGCACUAGCACUGGUUAUCCACUGAACAUUAUACUCUUAAAAGAGAAGAUGAAAAGGAGGCAAAAUAUCUAGCUGAUAAUAUGCAAAUCAAUGUUCUCACACUCAUCUGGUUACAUUCCUUUGGUUUAUAAAAUAGUUUGGCUUCUUAAGGAAACCAGAUGCCUGUUUUUCUGCAUAACACUGAAACGUUGAUCGGGUACUGUAUUUCUACGUGAUUGACUUACUGGAAUAUCAAGUUAUUUAUUGUAAUUUAUUUUAAAUGUUUUUGUACUCGUUUGUUGCUGUGUUGUGAAUGAAUCAAGAAACCUUUUGUAUUUUUGAAUGAAUGUUAAUAAAGUAUAUUGCUUUAAGGAAAUGUAUAUAUUCAGAAUGGAUGAUUAAUGGCUGAAUCACUGAUUACAUUUCAAUUCAACAUCUUUGAAUAUAAGAUGAAAAUCCUCACAUACAGUAUUUUAUGAAACCAAAUCAAGGUUGAGCUGCUAUAAAAAUUCCGGAUGUUGUUAAAAAGCUUGUUUAAAUACUAUGAAACUGUGGAGAACAGGCCAUCAGAAUGAAUCAUCUGUGUAUGGCUCACUCAUAUAACAAUGAGCGAUAUAAAACAAGUUAUACAUGCGUAAGUGUAAACUUAUAAAUUACAGUCUUUUACAAUAAUAUUUUACAAUAUCCGCUCAGUUCUAGAUAAUAUUUCAAGGUGAGAUCAUGCCAUGAAUAUCCAUAAAAGGUAUUUAUCAAUGUCAAUCAAUAUCUAUAUUUAUCCUAUCUGUAAAGAUAGGCCAGAUCUAACAACUGUAGCCUUGAAAACACACAUAGGUGUCACUGGCCUUGACCAGAGAGUGAAUGUCCUCUGAAGCAACCACAGCAGAGACAUGAGUUCAUUUGUAACUCAGUAUUUAUAUAAUACUGUCACUGGUGUCACUGUAGUCCAGAAAUAUUUGUUGUCUAUUGACCCUGCAGGAUUUCGCUGACUAUAAAUAUUUCUGAGAUGCAUUAUCUGAUGUAUUGUUUUGACAUAUAUGAUGUAUUGUUAAUGUAAUAAUUCAGUUGCAAUCAUCACACAAUGAACAAUAAACCACUCCUUGUACUUCUGAUAUAAUUUUACUCACUUCAAAGGUGAAGUAAUGGCUCAUAUGUCAAUAAAACUGUUUUAAUAGGUUUAAAUGUUAUGAAUCAUGUUUGAUAUAAACAAGCAUUCGCUCUCUACUUCUUACGUAUGAGGGUACAGUAGAAUUACAGUAAGGAAAUAUAACACAGUAUAUCUGGGUGUGUCAAUAGUCUGCUAACACAGAUCAGAUUAAAUGUGUGUCAGUAGUCUCAAACGACUGAAAGCCCCUAGAAAGUCA